GAUCUGCUAGCACGCAGUCAUCGUCGGUCCGAUCGGUGCCGCACUCUUUCCAUGGACUCAGACAUGCUCGUCCCAUAUCAUGAACCCGAUUCGUAUGCUCGUCUUCUUCAAAUGAAUCAAUGCUACGAAGCGAUGCCAACAUCAAGUAAAGUGGUCAUAUUUGAUACGGAGCUUAUAUUGUGGAAAGCUUUUAAUGGACUUAUUUAUCAAAACACGCGACAUGUGUUGUUAUCGAAUGGCGAGAAGGGUGGAUUAAUUACUGGCAUUCUGUCAGUUACAGAUUUUAUCCGAGUAAUACUAAUGUUACACAGGGAACGAAAACAGAGUGACAUAGUGGAUCCGAAAGAGGAUAUUGGAAAGCUGACCAUACGAAAGUAUAGAGUUGAAGGAAUUGGUAUGUAUUAUUUGCUGGAAGCGGCUCGAUUACUUGUUCAACAUCGAGUACAUCGUUUGCCAGUUUUCGAUCCGGAUACUGGCAGUCCACUGUUUAUUCUUACUCAUAAACGGCUACUCAAAUUUCUCUGGUGUUUUUUUUUUCAUCCGGAAUUCCACGUCCGUACGGCUAAAGACUUGAACGUGGGAUCUUGGGUUGGGAUACGUGUGGUUUUUCCGGAUACUCUUUUGACCGACUGUCUGGACAUUUUGCUUAACAAAGGAGUCUCAGGUGUACCAGUAGUUGAGCGUGAUACUUUUAAGGUUGUUGACAUAUACUCGCGUUUCGACGCAGUUGGUAUCGCGUUAGAGGAGAACGCUUGUUUAGGUGUCACUGUGGAGCAGGCAUAUAUCUUUAACCAUUUUUUUUUUGGAGACCGUGUAGUAUCGGUGAAAGACACGGACACGUUAUGGAAAGCAAUUACAGUGCUGGUAGAGAGAAAUGUUCAUCGUCUGUGUGCCGUCAAUGAGAAGGGCGCCAUUGAGGGUAUCAUUUCGCUUUCCGACGUUAUAAAUUACAUGGUUGUCAAACCAGGUACAAAUCUGAAGCCUUUUCGACCUACACGGCGUCACUACGCAUACCAUACAUCCGAAUCCAACGACAAAGUAAGUUCUCUAUCGAUGCAUCGAGCUAGUGGUCGUAUCCUCCCAGACAAGUCUGGUACCAGUUUGCCCACGCAGAGAGAUGGAAAGCUUGGUGAACCACGGGCACGGUGA